AUGGAGAAUCACUAUGGAGAGAGAAUCCUCAUGCAAAGAUACUUCUCCGCUGUCCGUAACAUGGAGCAAACGGUGAUGUUUCCCAGCCUUCUCCAGGGGGUGUUGUUGGAAAAUCAGGAAAAUAUAGUUGAAGACAAUUCUAAUACGAAAUGCUCCAGCGACAGAGAUCUGUAUGAACACUACACGCUUCUAAAAUCCAUCAAGUCAAUGGUUGAGAACGGCCUACCUCCUCUUAAUGACAAGAAUCUCAGCUCCAGGGAAGAAGCUACAGAGAAGACAGAUCUUGAAGGACUCUUUCAGUAUCACAUAUCUGGCUUAUAUCAUGUCCUCAGCCAACUGACAAGUAGAGCCAACACUGUGACUUCUAAGUACAAUGAAAUUCUGGGGCAGAUCAAUCAGAACGGGAUUCCUUUCCGUUG